AUGAUGUCCGUCUGCUCUCUCGAUGACACGGCCAAAUUCCGGUACAAGAAGCGGGUAUAUAAACAAGCCAAUCUCGACGAGAGACAGUUGACCAAGCUUCACACAAAGACCAACCUGAGGAAGUUCAUGGACCAGAUCCAGCAUGGCUCAGUGGACAAGGUCGUCAAGAUGCUGGAUCGCGGCCUGGACCCCAAUUUCCAUGACCUGGAGACCGGAGAGACGCCGCUGACCCUAGCCGCCCAGCUGGGCGAUUCCGAGGAGGCCAUCAAAGCCCUCAGAAACGGCGGUGCGCAUCUGGACUUCCGUGCCAAAGACGGCAUGACAGCCCUCCACAAGGCCGCUCGCACCAGGAACCAGCUGGCCCUUAAGACCCUUUUAGAACUUGGGGCGUCGCCAGAUUACAAGGACAGCUACGGCCUGACUCCGUUGUACCACACGGCCAUUGUCGGGGGAGACCCCUACUGCUGUGAGCUUCUGCUCCACGAACAUGCUACGGUCUGCUGCAGGGAUGAGAACGGCUGGCACGAAAUCCACCAGGUUGACGUCAAGGACAUUAGACCUGGCAAAGCAAAAGGUCGUGUACAAGAUAAGAAAGAACAGACCAAGGUCAAUGCCAAAAGAGACCCUGAAACUGGCUCUUGA